AUGAAUAUUGCGGGCAACAUUAAGACUACUCUUCCCAAAACUGAAAGUGCUAAAGAACUUCUGAAACUUGUGAAAGAAUGCUCCCAAACUACUGAUAAAUCUCUUGAUGGGACACUAAUGAGCACUUUAACCACCAUGAAAUUUGAUGGUUCACAUACCAUGCAUGAGCAUAUAAUUGAAAUGACAAAUAUAGCAGGAGGACUUAAGUCUUUAGGAAUGGAAGUGGAGGAGAUUUUUCUUGUUCAAUUCAUCAUUAAGUCAUUGCCAUCUGAGUAUGGUCCUUUCCAAAUGAAUUACAAUACUAUGAAAGACAAAUGGAACGUGCAUGAACUGCAUAGAAUGCUGGUUCAAGAGGAAACAAGGUUGAAGAAUCAAGGAACCCACUCCAUUAACCUUGUAGGCCAUCAAGGAGCCGGAAAGAAAGGAAAGAAACAUAAAAAGGUUAAAUAG